CAUAGACUGCGUUGGUAUGUGGACAUUUGAGUCAUGUGUUAAACUAAAUUGAACUUAAGUUAUAACUUAUUUAUUUAUUUUAGUUUUACUUACUGUAUAAAUUAACUGUAUUAAUAAAUAGAACUAAAACAUACAUACAAAAUUUUGGUUUGUUAUAUUGAAAUAUACAGAGUACUAGUUUUGAUAACAGUGCUGUUUUGAAAUUAAAUUCGUUAAUUUGUGAGCUGUGACACCUCAAGGUUCAGAUUUUAUUUCAAAAUGUGUUAUUUUGCGUAAUAAAUCGUAAAAGUAUCUAUCUAAAUGUGAAUGGCAGUUAUGCCUAUGUGAAAUGGCUGGAAAUACCCGCCGAUGUUUUGUGAUUUCGUGUGAAAACAACAGUUCGAUCAACCCCGAUGUACUUGUUCACCGAUUUCCAAGAUCAGCAAACACAGUUGAGAGAUGGUUGGAUGCUGUGUUGAAAAUAGGAGGACAAGAAGUGGAAUUUUCUAAUACUGGCAUUUACCAAGGGAAAUAUGUGUGUGGCAAACAUUUUCUUCCUUCAGAUUAUUUAUUUGCAGGAAGCAAGAAACUAAAUAGAAAUGCAGUGCCAACAGUUUUCGUAAAUGCUAGUAGUAGGCCUAUGUCCAACAGUGCACCGCUUCCAACAGGCACACCAGAACAGUCCACUUUGCCUAAAGAACAUGUUUUCACAACUUUGUCUCCAUCAUCACCACAUGUGCUCACCACAGGAUCUCAUCACAUUUAUCCCAGUUCUUCACAUCCUGUCUUACUUUCAAUUCCCACAUCUGACAUACCAGCUGACAAGCCUCCAGCAUGUUGUGCAUCAACUGUUCCAGUCACCCAACCACUUUCGAAAGUGAGGUGCAGACUAGAUCUGGGAGAAAAAGAUUUACCUUCUUGUUCCAACAAUACAUCAUUUGAAAUACUUGCUGUCCCUUUAGAUACAGUGAACAAUGAAUCUUUUCACAAUGAUCACAGUUAUGCGCACAUGUUAAACAGUGAGAAGAAAGCAAAGAAACAAAGAACUAGGCCUAAUAUUUUGAAAAGUUUUGGUGUAUCACGUGUUAGUGAUUUGACACCAAAAAAAGUAAAACUUUUCCGAGAAGUUUAAAGGAAAACGAAGGCGUUGAAGAGAUUACAGAAAAAAUACAUGGGAAAGAAACAUUCAUUUGAAGAAAGCCUGCGUCUUGAAAGUGACCCACAUUUUCUUCAUCUGUCUAAAGGUAUUUCCACGACAGCAUUUCAUCUCCUCCUAUCGCAGUUGCGGUGUGCGAAGAAGAAACCAAGAGGGCGACGAUGGACAGUUCAAGAGAAAAUCAUAUCUCUCACAGUCUUCAAACGCAGUCCAGCUACCUAUCACCUCCUCCGUCAGAUGCUUGCUUUACCAUCAAAACGGACACUGACAACCAUGUUGAGUGCUGUGCCUUUCAAGUGUGGUAUAGAUACCACAAUAAUUUCAUCAUUGAAAGAGAUUGUAGCCAACAUGAAGGAAAGUGACCGCUAUUGUUCGUUAUUGUUUGAUGAGAUGUCGUUGAAGGAGCAUGUGCAGUAUAGCUCUAGUGAAGAUAGAAUUCUGGGUUAUACUGAUGAUGGCACACAGAGAACUGGGGAACUUGCCAACCAUGCGAUGGUUUUCAUGGUACGUGGUUUGCGGAAGCGUUGGAAACAACCAAUUGCAUGCUACUUUAGCCAUGGCAGUGUGAAGGGUUCAGCUUUAAAAGAAGCAAUUGGACAAGUCCUUACUGCAUGUUUUUCGAUUGGUCUGAAAGUUGUGGCAACAGUAUGUGACAUGGGAACAAACAAUGUUUCAGCCCUUAAGUUACUUGGAGCCAAUUUUCCAGAUCCUUUGUUUGUGCAUGAGGAACACACAAUUGCAGUUUUUUUUUGAUCCCCCACAUCUAAUAAAGUGCUUUCGAAACAUGUUAGAAUCUCACAUUGUCAGGGGUGUAAGGGUUAGAGGAAACGUACCAGUCAGAGGAGCAGCUUGCUGGGAACAUCUCAUCAAGAUGUAUGAAGAAGACAAAAACAACUCUGUCUUCAGGCUUGCUCCAAAGCUCACUGACGUUCAUCUUGCACCAACUUCCACUGACAGAAUGAAAGUUUCAACAGCUGCACAGGUCAUGAGUCACACUGUUGCAGCAACUUUGCACAGCUUUGUCAGUAGAGGUAAGGAAUUGUUCUUUUUAUAUAAUUUAUUAAUUUUUAUAAAUAACAAGUCAAGGUUUAAUCUUAUUGCAAAAAAACAUAAGUUAGCUAAUUCUUCUUCAUACAAAGGCCUAUAUAUGAUACGUACUGCUGGAAGAGGUAGCCUAGAGUUUGCCAAACAUUGGGAAAGCAGUGACCCUGCAGAAUUUUCUGAUGUGGGUACCUCUUUUAUAAGUUUUAGACUGAACAUGACAAAUGUUUUACUACUGUACCUUUUUUGUGUUUAAUGAUGAUAUAUUUAAAAUUAGUAGGUCACACUAAAAUUGAAUCCAGGAGAGUAAUUGGUGAUGUUAUCAGUGUUAAAAAUUUAAUUAUUUGUUUGGCUAAUACUGACAUUGCCAUGUGAAUUAAGUAUUUUAUCAUCUAUGCUAUUUGUAUAAUAUGUUUGCUUAAUUUCUGUAACGAUAGGGGCAAAAUGUUAUGGUUUUAUUUUUAGUUAAAUUUAAUUAUCAAACUUGGAAGAUUGCUGUGUUAUAUGCCCUUAGUUUUUAUUUUUGAAAUGUUAUAAAAAGUUGUGUGAUUUAUAAUAGACCUAAGUGUGUUACAAAGCUUAACUUAGGUAACCGAAACUAUUGCCCAGAAAAAUAAUCAUAUAUUAAGUUUUCAAUUUAAACUCGUGCAAAUACUUAAUUUUCUGUGGCAAUAGUUACUUCCUUCAGUGAUUUAUAGUAGCCUUUUAUUUUUUUUUAUUUUUAGGUAGUAAUAAUUUUAUUAUUAAAAGAUACCAAGUUUUAAUCUAUUUUAUAUUGUGGCUCAAAUUGCUGUUUAUGGUGGUGUGUGUGUAUGUAUACACACACACACUGCAGUAAUAAUAAUAACAAUAAAAUUUACCUUUGAAAUUGGGCUGCCGCCAGGUGGCAUUCACUAUAUAAUGUUGCCUAUAUAGUAUUUAUACUGUUUAUAAACAUUGAGGUUUACUUUAAUGAAAUGCAUAAUGACUUGCUUCUUAUGUGUUGUAAUGUGGUUGUAUUAAAUUUUCAUGCAGUUUUAAUUUCUGAAUUUUCCAGAUAUUUUGCCCAUUGAAGCCACUGUUACAGCAUCAUUUGUAGCAGAUAUGGAUCAAAUUUUUGAUAGUUUGAAUGGAAGUGAGCUCUACCCACAGUCAGGCAAACCAUUGAGGUGUGCCCUGUCUGACAAGAGCCCUCACAUUGAGUUCUGGCAGGAAGAAGCCAAAAGUAAAAUUCAAAAUUGGGAAUUUUGCUUUGAUCCCUCAGCAGACAGAAGACUUAACAGAGAGAGAAAAACAAACCCUCCACCAUGUAGGCCGGGUAAGCGCCGCAGUUCUGUAUCACAUCCACCCUCUCAGUGGGGCUGGAUUACGUCUAUUAAUGCUGCAAUCCAUGUAUGGAAUGUGUUGUCCGAAGCUGGCUUCCAAUACCUUCAGCUACGAAACCUAAACCAAGAUGCCUUGGAGAAUCUGUUUGGGGCAGUUCGGUCAUAUUGUGGGUCUAAUUUCAACCCAACAACAUCUCAUUUCACAGCAGCACUGAAGACUGCAGUCAUCAACAAUCUGGCCUUCAAAGGUUACUCUGGUAACUGUCAGCCAGAUAAUGCUUCUGUGUUGACUGAUUUGCAAAGUUUUCUGUUAGGACACAAAUCUUCCACACACGAUCAGGUUAGUUCAGGUGUAGUGGUAGAGUGUUGUGAUAAGAGCUAUGUUAGGGCAGUGACAGAAAUCGAAAUUGCAGUUCAGGGUGGUGAAGCGUCUGUAAUGCCUGCUGCAUAUGUUGCUGGGUAUGUUGCUCGGAAAGUAUUGAAUAUAGUGUCUUGUAAUGAAUGUGGUAAGCUGUUGAUGGGCUGUGAAGAAGACUUUUGUAAUACAGCAAUAUCUUUUAAAGAAUUUGAAGCUACUUCUCGUAAGUUAACAUAUCCAUCACAAAAUUUGGUUACAGUGGUUGCUCAUUGUGAGUUGAGUUUCGAAGAAAUCAUGUGUACUUGUUCCCAUUCCAACAAUUUGUUAGCAACAAUAUCCAACAAGCUUGCUGGCAAAUGUGAUUUUUUGUGGUUAAGAGAAGGGGAAUGUCAAGAGCAUUGUGAUGUCAUUGAACACACAAUUCUGAAGAGUUUAUGUGAAAUUUUGGUGAGAUGGUGGUGUAAGAGAUUCAACAGAAACUUAAUUUCAUCAAAAAAAAAUUUGAAGCAUGCAAGGAAAAUGUCUAUCCUUAAACAUAAGUAACUUCGUAAAUUUGAAUGAAUAAUUAUUGAUUACCAAAAACAUGUAUCCUAAAUAUUCAUUCUUGUGGUUACCAACUUGUAACAGAUGCAGAAAAUGUUUUUCAGUGGAAACAUAUUUUGUUUUAAUCUUUUAACAAAAUUAAUUUUAUUUUUUUGCCCAAUACACCUUCAGUAAAUUUUUCCAUGGUUUCCUGAAACAUUUCCAGGUGAAUCUGGGCUGAUUCCUUAACUACGGACAUGGUUGACUCCUUCCGUUGUGUAAAAAUUAUGUUACUCAGAUUCUAAUGUCUUUGCUGCUGACAAGUUUUUAAUACAGAACAUUUUAGUUUAAUUUUUGUGCAAAUUCAUUUGGCGAGAUUGAAAAUUUUGUUUGGUGCAUUUACCUAGGUGAUUCUGUUGAAUUUCUUUAAUAACUUAGGCCUACAUGUUAUUCUUUCAAGUGAUUGCUGUUGUUCAUUUAUAAUCUUAAUUAAAUUAAGAUUUUUUUACUGUUUUUGUGUAUACAUAGUGUUUUCCAGUACUUCGCUGUACUUAGAGGUUUUUGUAGCAAUGUGUGAAAUUUUGUUGAAACUGCAUAGUACUAACUUUGCCGUCGUCCGGGGUCUCGGGCUCGAGUCCCGGUGUGGCUCCUAGUGGGAAAAGGCGGUUCUUGAUCUGUGUUGUCCGGGUGGGCGCCAGACUAGCUCGUUUCUAGUCGCGAAUUUGGGGUCGUGGAUGUAUGUGCCCCUGCGUGGCCCACUAGGGCCGGCGGCGGUGUUGCGUGAGAUGGUGUUUAAAUAAGAGACGUGGAGUUGAGGUGGCGGUGUCGUACCUUUUAUUCAUAGGAGCGAGUCGUACACAAUACAACACUCUACAGAGGUCCCCGGGGGGGUUUACUCGUUAUUCCGUGGCGCCGUAUUGUUUGUGUUCCGCGUUACGUGGACCUCGGACGCUGUUACGUCUCAUACGUCUCACUGGUUACGCGGGUAACGUAAUUUCGUAACACAAAGGCGGGACACAAAAGUACACUGAAUUAAGGGGGUGCGCACAAGUUACGUGACACUCGUUACUCGGGUAACGUAAGCUAGUAAUACAAAAUACGGGACACAGAAAUACACUGAAUUAAGGGGGCGCGCACAAGUUACGUGACACUCGUUACUCGGGUAACGUAAGUUAGUAAUACAAAAUCCGGGGAACAAAAUACACUGAAUUAAGGGGUGGACGGUUGGAGACGGCCAAUCCCGUAUACGAAUGUCUCUGCGCGGGUGUUGUGCCCACUGUGGUGAAACACGCACCGCAAUUAAGUUUGUCCAAGCUCCCUUGCGGGUUUGUGGUCAGCGUCAUGCGCGUGACCUUAAGUAAAGUUCUGUGAGCUGCGGGAGGCGGCCCGUGCCGUAUACUGAAGAUCAACCCCGCUGACCAAGUGUGGUGUGGGGUGUCUUUAAACUGAUGCGGUCGGAUUAGGUCCUGGACCGAAAAGGGGGACCGGGUACUCACGGAGAGGUUAAGUAAAAAAAGGGGUUCUGUUAAUUAGUGACUACAAUAUUUACCGGACGUUACUUUCGAUGAAGACAAAGGCUGUUGCCCCUCCGUGGGACGUAGGUCCGCCCCGGUCCGUGAGCUGUGCUGAACUGCCGAACUGGCAUGGCGUCCGAGGGAGGCUCGGCCUCUCUUGCGCCAGGUUUGACCUCAUUACGCUAGACUCUAAAUGGGUGUGUCUGGAAGAGACUUUAUUGUCGCUAAAAUCCUAAUUUAAUGUUCCAGGAGGAAUGGGUACGGUUCUUCUCUUGUCUACUCAGGUUUUCGCGGGUUUGCCUUUAAUCGCUGUUCGGCUCGCCUGACUCGGGUGGGCCAUGGCCAGGGGUGUGUUCCGUUAGCGGGAGCGUAUACUGGCGGGUGCAGGUCGGGCUCUGGGGUGGUCGUCGGCCGGACGACUUCAACUUUUUGUUGUAGAAAUAUACAGUGAAGUUUAAUUCGUAUGGCAUCCAGUUUGUGCAAACACUUAGUUCAUAUUUACAUAUUUUUUUUUUGAAAAGAUAAGAAAGUAAUUUGAGAUAUUAAAAACAUGCAUUGACGUACUGACAUUAAAUCUCAAGGAUGCCACUCCUAAAACCAAUGGGUCCAGUGCUGGAAAUACUCUCAUUCAUUGCAUUACACUAUGAGUAAUGAGACAAAACUAUGUUUAUGUUUUCUGUCAAUAGUACACAGUACCUGACAUUUCAUGGAACUACAGCACUCUGUCCAUUUAUAAUGUAGGUGAAUUUGGUUGGUGAAAUGGAGCAUCCUUGGUGUGAAUGUGAACAAAGCAUUCAAAACUGACUUAAUUAUUCAUCCCAAUAGACCGUACUUUACAUUUCAGUAUUGUAUGUAUCAAAUGUAUGUAUCAAAUAUGUAAUAUAGUAUGUCAUAUUCAUAUGAUUUUGUGCAUACAUUUCAUGGAACUACUGCUUGGGAAUAUUGAUGCUGUAACGUUGCAAGACCACUGCCCUCCUGGGUAAAUAUUUUAUUUUUAAACCUUUUUAAUGCAUGUAAACAUUUCUUAAAAAAAGUCUUGCUAAAAAAUGUUUUUACCAUUUUUAUGUAUUUUAGGGUUGAUAAUUGCACUUGCUGUGUGUUUUAAGAGGGUACUUUUUAUUUUAACAAACAUUUUAAAUCAUUACUAUUUUGUAUGUAAUUAUUCGCAAAUAAGUCGCUGUACUGGAUUUUUGCCUGUUUUGACCUACUUUUUCAAGUUUUCCUCAAUAAGUUUAAUUUUGUCAAAUAAUUUGUAAUGUGAUUGCUGUUGCAUAAUGAUUCUAGAACAAGUGACUGCGUCUGGGGUGAUGUAUUAGAAAAAGGCAGGUAUAUGAGACCUAUGAGUGCGAGUGAGAUAGAAACGGUGAUUCCCCAGUAAGAGAGAGACUGUAACGAUAUCUCGCCACUGUGUGGGAACUGGAGGAGAACUACUCUCCCAUGGUGUUGGAGAGAGGAGAAAGUGAAUUCCUUGUUUCUAUGUAUGAAAAUGGUGUUAAGUGUAUAUGUUCUGUGUUCCUAUUGGCUUGUGAUGUGUAGUGUAAAUGAAGCGUGUGUGUGAUUGGUCAGUGAAGUCAUGUGACUGCCCUCCCUGCGUGAAGGACACAGUGCCAUGAUCUCGCCAGUCGUCAGUCGAUCACUGCACGAGGAGGGCGCGUUUCGGCGGCUUCUCACAAAAUAUGUAGUUUUGGAUGUGGUUGGUUCGUCUUUCGGACAAUAAAACUCUCAAAUGAAAAAGAAAGAAAAUCUUUUUAUGUCAUUAAACAAACCGUUAUAAUGCUUGUGCAGUUGACUGUGUUUUUCAUACUGUAGUUUCUAGUAUUUUCUUAUUUAAAAUAGAACUAUCCUAUAAUUAAAUAAAAUAACAUUUUUUGUGUUCGGUAUCCUUUAAAACACUUUUACAUGUACUGUUCUUAUGUAGCUUCAUUAUUAUUUCUCAUUUCCAUUUAAUUUGCCUGGUUAAAUACAAUACAUAAUGGUAACUGAAGUGCAAGAGGGUGACCACCUUCAGGGAAAACCUGGAAGACAGGGAAAAGUCAGGGAUUUCCAAAUUAGAAUAUCAGUGAACAUUUUUUUGCAGGACAGAUGAUCUUAAGAAAUUAUACUUAGAGCUGGAACACAUUUAGUCAUUUGAGAACUACAAUGGCUGAAGUUCACUGUUCACACUUGUUUAUUUUUAACUGAAUUAUUAGUAACUCUGCCGACACACUUGUAGCAUUGUGUGCAAACAAGAAACAGUACCAGUGUCCAAUUAAAUUGAACUUAUUCUGUAUUUAUGUUUUAGAACUCUUAGUCAUUGCAUUUGGAAUAACUUUUUAUUAUAAAAGUGUGGUUUUUUUGUGUUUCAGGUUAUUUACAUGCUUGAUAACAUCAAUAAUAUAUGUGAUCGUGUGUAUUGUACAUUACUAAUUUUAGAAGGUAGGAUAAUCACGGUACAAAAUUUUUCUCAACCUACAGAGUUAUUAACAUGUGAUUAGUGCCCUGAAUUUCUAUUGUAAUCAAAAAAUGAUUAAUUAUUGGAGUGAGAUAUUAUAUAUAUAGACCGUAUACAUACUGUAUUUCAGUGAUGGUCAAUGCUCUGAGUAAUGACUGAAUUUAUUUAUUUAUUUAUUUAUUUAUUUACAUCACCCAAUAGAUCCAGUUGGUGAGCUAAAGCUCACUUCAUAUAGGGCUCGUCAAUAAGGGUACCCUACCACUGCAUAACAUGGAUAUGAAUACAUAAUUCUACUACAUACAAUAUGUACAAUACAUGCUUUGACUGGCAUGUAAAUUUAAAUAAAGGAUAUUAUGAUUAAUAAAUGUUGGUAAUACAUUCAACAAAACAAAUUACCAUACUAUACUAUACUUUAAACAAAUGGCUCUUAACUCACAUUAAUAUGUACUGUUACAUAGCUUGCUGUUCAUGUUAUAUGCACAUGACAUAUUGGGAACCUCACAAUCAAAAUUACUGUUUAUGAGUAUGGACAAUUUACAUUAGCUUGAGUUUCAGUUAUUCUCUUAAAAGACUGGACAUAUUCCUCUAUUUCCUGUACGCUAUAUAAGUUCUGAUUUUCAAAUAUGUUUUUAAUUUAUUUGUAAAAUUUAUUAUAUUUAUUUCAGGUUCACUAAAGCUAUUUAUGUAAAAAUAUGAAAAAAUUUACCAUUAACUUAUUGUAGAAGGAAAAAAGCAAUAUAAUAGUAAAAAGUUAUUAUAUUCUACAAACUUAAUAAAGAAAAGGAAAUUUAUUCACAGUGAAACUAAGCAAAAAUUGAAACAUUAAUUAUAAACUAUUAAUGUAGAUGGAAUGCAAAUUCAUAAUAUGAACAAAAUAGCUAGUAAAUUUAAUAAAUUUUUUAUUACCUACUAUACCAAAUAUAUAUAUAUAUAUAUAUAUAUAUAUAUAUAUAAAAUAUAAAAUUUAUGUUUAGCUGAAGGUUUUUCCAAGAUAGACUUAAAUUGACCAAAAUUAUACCUAUACAAUAUAAAAAAGGUGUAACUACAUAUGAAUAACUAGGGCAAUGUCACUUUUAUCAUCCUUUUCAAAAAUAUUGGGGGGGAAAAUCUCUAACCAACUGACAUUAUAUUUAUAUAAGAACAACAUUAUAUCUCAAAAUCAAUUUGGGUUUGCAAAGGUAAAUCUACAGAACAAGCAGUUUACAAAUUUAUACGUAGUAUUCUAAAAGCUAUUAAUGAAAAAAAAAUUAUGGGAAUAUUUGCAGUCUUAUCAAAAUAUUUUGACACAUUGCUAAAAAAAACUUGAGGGUUAUGGUAUAAAGGGUAUACCUUUGAAAUGAUUUGAAUCAUACUUAUACAUAACUAUUAUACCAGAAACCAAUCUGAUUUGUACUUAAUUACACAUAGAACAAGACUAUUUGCACAAGGACCACACUGCAGCAGUAUUAAACUCAAUAAGUUACCAACUUAAAUAAAAAAAAUUAAUAAAUAUAUUAUGUUCAAACAACAAUUUAAGAAAUAUCUUGUAAAAAAGGCUUUUUAUUCUGUUAAUAAAUACCUCCAGGUAUGAAUGAAGUAAAUAUAUAUUCUACAUGGUAUAGUAGUUUGUAUAGUAAUUUUUAUAAUGUAGAAACUGGAAAAAUUCGCGAAUUCAUUUCGUGAUAGGCGAAAAUUCAAACGUGAGCAAUUCUGCUGGUUCUGCAAUUGGCUCACAGUUUAACUGGAGCUCUCUGGGCCAAUGGCAGACUAUUGACCAAAGAAGCGUCGAAUCACAAGCCACCCAGUGGAGACGGCUCACAAGUUAGCACCCAAUGAACACACGUGUUUGCUUGAGAAAUGCAGAGGAUAAUGGAAGCUAUACUAGAGGUCAAUGAAUCCGCAAAUAUUUCAGGUCUCUAUGUAUAUGAUAUGUAUUGUUUGUUGGUGUUGUAUUUUAAUAUGUGAGGUGGUUUUAGUAUGAGUAACCUAAUCAAUAUUGCCAAUUGAUAUUGUAUAUUAAUUUAUGAAUGGAUGGACUAAAUUUGUUCUUAUUAUGGCUUAAAGUUUGUAUUAUAUAGGAGUAUAAUCAUGUUUUGUGUUUGUCUAUAUUCUGUACAUUGACAACUCCCUUCCACUAUGUAUUGGAGAAUACGGAGGUGAUAUAAUAAAUAAAUAAAAAUAAAAAGUAACCUUUUUAGGUAGAUUGUUUAUUUUCAGGCAUGAGUAGAAUAAACUUUUCCCAAAGAGAGACCUGUUAUGUUGGAUGUGCACAACAACAAAUUGAAAGUGUACUGUCCAAUUUAUGAUACAGAAGGUUAUCUAAAAUUACAUUAAUUGCAAUGUUUAUGUAAAUGGUUUUAUUUACAGAAUAUAAUACAAUGAAUGAGCUCUGUGAGUGUUUUUUUGCAAGUUAAUGUGUGUUUCAAUGUUACAAAAAUAGAACUUAGUGUGUCACAAUGACUUAAAUGCAUGAAAAUACAUUAAUUUAGCAAGCUUAUUGAAUAGUGAAACUUUUCUUUGUGGCAUAGGUAAAGUAAAUGAGACUUCAAAGUUGUCAUUCAGAAAGUUAACGCCGUGGCAUAUACAAGGGAGUGGGAGUUAAAUGUAAUAGAUGUACCAGGAAAUAAUUAUAAAGGUGUCCAAUAUUGAAGUGUGAAUAAAGUUUUUUUGUCCACUUACAUCAGUGUGAGGAAAUUAAUUAUAUUUUUAGGUGUAUUGAGAAAUCCACAUAUUAAUACCUGAUACUUGGAACCAGUGAACAUUUUAGAAUCUGAUUUAUGUGACAGAACACGAUAAGUUUAUCGACAAAUUGAAUUGUUUGUGAGAUCACUUUGCUUUUAAUUAAUUCACCUGAUGUGCUGUACUGUUUAGUGUUUCAUUUAAUACAAUGGUGAUAUACAAAUUAUACUACUUCUGGGUCUGGAAAAUUGAUAGAAUUUUCUCGUUUCUUAUAAGUCUGGUUUUGAAAUGCUUCUUUGAUGCAGUGUGACCAUACACUAAUUGUGUUGGUGGGCGAAAGGGCCAGAAAAUGAAAGCUACGUAGUUGUCACAAGAACACAAUAUUACUUCCAGGAGAAGACAUUGGAUUGUUGCAUUCCAUGUACUGGUAUAUCUGCUGGUUUCUAUAGAGUGAAAUACUUUUUGGGUUGUAAAAUUUUCCAUAUUUCUCUCUAACUGCACACACAAUGAUGGGUAUUAAAUUCUUAUGUGCCUACAACAGAUACAAGUUAAAAGUGUGUGUGUGACAAAUAAUUGACAAAUAAUUAUUGAGACCAAACUGAAUGUUUGUGAGGAAUUAAUAAUGGAACCUAGUUAUACAUAUAGACCUACAUUAAUAACUUUUGUAAGUAUUCUACACAACAGGGCCAUUGUAGUGCAUGCAAACCUUUUAAGAUAGAUGCAAAAAAAUAUCAAUUACUUUAUGAUACACUAAAAAUUCUUCUACGGGCAAUGAACACCGAGAGGUUUUAGAAUGUGAUUUGCUCGGGGGGUGAUUAUGAACACCUUAAUUACAAUAUUCUGAUUGACUGGUAGCUAGUAACUGUGACAACAAAUAAUUUGUUAAUAUUCCCUAUAUAAAUGCAUUUCAUUAGAAGUGACAAACUUUAUAAAAAUGCCUUGGCUUAUUGACUUAGUUAAUUUUUGUUGUGUCUGGCUAUUGUGACUCCAACUGAACUCUGCAUUGCAUGAAUCUGUAAUGGGAAUAAGCGUGAUGGUUUUGUAUGUAAUUCAUUAGAGAUGCAAAUUAUUUCUGUAUGAUCAUACAUUUUUGGCACACCUUGUAUUCAUUUAAAUAUUUCAUUUAGACUUUUUUUUCACUGUGAUUGUUAGGCGUUCCAUAUAUCCUAAAAUUUUAAAUAUGUGCAAAUAGAAAUUCACAUAUACCCAAAAAAAAAUUUUUAUAUACUUAUUUCAUAUCUUAAUAUUUUUCACUUUUUUCAAGCUCAAUGUUCGAUAAAAAAAAAUUUUCAAGACAGUUCAGUGAGAACAAUCGAACUGGACAUUUGAAAAGCCCGCC